GCCGCGGGGAGAGCUGCGCGCCCAGGCAGCCCGUCCGGCGGCGCGGGGCCGCCCGCAUCGCCCGCCCGCCCGCUGGCCCACGGAGCUCCCGGAGCGACGCGCUGCGCUCCCGCCGGGGCUGAGCGCUUGCGGCGUACCGACUUUCGGCGGAGUCGUGGGGCACCCGGAGAAGCGGAGCGCUCGGAAACAAUAGCAGCCAAUACAAACCAGCACCCGGCGGUGCCUGCCCGGCUGCGCGCAUCGCUUAUGUUCGUUCGGGGGGACCCAGCCGCGGCGGCGGAUCCCGCAGGAUGAUGAGUGAUGAGGAGUCCUAAGUGGGCGUCGAGGCGAGCCACCGCAGGCAGCGAUGAGGGUCGGCGAGCCGGUGCCGGCGGGGCGGCCGGGGUCCAGGUGACCGCCGGCCCCGCGGUGCCGGCCGCCCGCAGCCGCACGGAGCAUCCGGAGCGGCGGGCAUCGCCUGCCGAGAGCGCCUCGCCCAGCCGCAGGAGGAGCCAGGCGAGGGGAGGCGCCAAGAUGGGGGAGCGGGCGUUGGCUGGGGCGCUGUCCGUGGUGCUGCUGCUGGCGCUGGGGCUGCCGCUGGGCGCCCUGGGCUGCCCCCAGCCCUGCGCCUGCUACCUCCCCACCGAGGUCCACUGCACCUUCCGCUCCCUGGCAGCCGUGCCGGCACGAAUCCCCAAACACGUGGAAAGGAUCAACUUCGGGUUCAACAGUAUACAGUCUAUAUAUGAAAACUCCUUUGCAGGACUUACAAAAUUGGAAUUGCUCAUGAUACAUGGAAAUGAUAUUCAGAAUAUUCCUAAUGGCGCUUUGAAAGAUCUUGUGUCUCUACAGGUUUUCAAAAUUAGUUACAAUAAAUUGAAAGCCAUAACUGGCCAAACUCUCCAAGGACUUUCAAGCUUAAUGAGACUGCACAUGGACCACAACAGAAUUGAGUUUAUUCAUCCAAAUGCUUUUAAUGGUUUAACCUCUCUAAGACUUGUCCACCUGGAAGGAAAUUUGCUCCAGCAGCUUCACCCCAACACCUUUUCAACAUUUCUGGUCCUUGAUUACUUCAAAUUGUCAACAGUAAGACAUCUCUACCUAUCUGAAAAUGGUCUUAGGACCUUGCCUGCCGGGAUGUUUCAAGGCAUGCCACUGCUGGAAAAUCUUUACCUUCAUGGAAAUCCAUGGGACUGCGACUGCAGUUUGAAGUGGCUCCUUGAAUGGAAUGAAGUUUCUGGAGGUGUUUUAAAAUGCAAAAAGGACAAAGCCUAUGAAGGGGGACAGCUGUGUGCUAAGUGCAGCAGCCCAAAACAACUGCAGAAAGAAGAUAUUCAAAACUUGGGAGAUAUUUCCUGUAGGAAGCCUGUAAUUCAGUCCUCACUGAGGCAAAAUAGCAGCACUCAAAAUGAGGAAGAUGGUGACAGUUACGAACUCCCUUUGGAAGAACUUCAAUCCUUGCCAUGGAACAUUACUCUAAAUAUGACUGAUGAGCAUGGCAAUGUCGUCCACCUGAACUGUGAAAUCAAAAAACCAACAGGUUCUACCAAAAUUCAGUGGAAUCAAAUCCAGACUCAGGAGAUAGAUAUAAAUGCCACAAUUGUACUGGAUUUUGAAUGUCCAAUGAAUCGAGAAAACUAUGAAAAAUUAUGGAAGCUUAUAGCUUACUACAGUGAAGUACCUGUUAAAUUAGAGAGGGAACUUAUGCUCAGAAAAGAGCCUAAAAUAAUCUAUCAGUACAGGCAAGGGUCAGAUUAUGAUGCUCUUUACUACACAGGUGUAAAAGCUCAAAUACUUGCUGAGCCUUCCUGGGUGAUGCAGCCUCUUAUAAAUAUCCAAUUAAACAGGCGUAGGAGUACAGGGAAAAAAGUGGUGCUAUCUUUUUUUACUGUGUUUUCUCAGACAAUUCAUACCAAAACCACCAGGCAGCAGAGAAACUGGGUAAUGAUAGAGCAAAAUCAGAGCAUGAGGACAGUACAGAGCGUGGUGGAAGGAUCAGAGUGUCAGCUGAGCUGCAGUGUGAAAUCUUCUGAGAGCCCCUCCAUUCGGUGGCUUUUUCCAGAUGGAACUAAACUGCAGGCACCUUUUAAUGACAAAGACAGUAGGUUUUCCAUUCUCAAUAGUGGCCAACUAAUAAUCAAAGCAGUGAGUUACACUGAUGGAGGUGUGUACCACUGCAUUGCCCAAGUGAGAGAUGAUGUGGACAUAAUGCCUUACAGACUUGUUGUGCAGCCUGCCGCUAUUCAGGUAGCUGAUUCAGAGGUAGUGAGAGUUGAAAAAAAUGUUGGAGACCCAAUAGCUUUGCCAUGCAAUGCAAUUGCCAUCCCAGACCCGCAGUUGAGCUGGAUUCUUCCAAACAGUCAGGUACUCAGUGAUUUAUCAAACUCUUCAAAAGGCUAUAUGCUGCCCAAUGGUACUUUGCUUAUUCCAAGGAGCCAUGUCACUGAUAGUGGCCAUUACAGAUGUGUGGCUGUCAAUCAGCAGGGAUCAGAUCAGAUUGUUGUAAGGGUCACAGUAAAUAAAAUGGUGUCUGACAGGUCAUUUAAACGAAUCAAACUAAAGAAGCGCCUAGGCUCGAAAGGUUUGUCAAAAACAAGAGGGCGGGUCAUAGAUGAUGACGAGGGAUCAGGGGCAGGAAGGGUGGAGGAGUUCCCACAAAGAAAGAACCGCCUAAAAGACUGGGAAAUACCUUUUAAACAAAAAAGUGACCAAGUGCCAGAGGCUCAAAUUAAAAAGGGAAAGAAGGGCAGAAGGAAAAUGAAAAUCUGGAAAAGUACUGAUGGAACCCAAGACAGCAAUGUUGCAGAAGGCCGGAGAGUAUUUGAAUCUCGAAGGAGAAUUAAUGUGGCAAGCAAACAGAUUAAUCCACAGCAUUGGGCUGACAUUUUGGCAAAGGUCCGUGGGAAGAAUCUUCCUAGAACGACAGCUACAGCUGUCUCUGCAACAACUUCACUGCCAUCAGUCAUGCAGGAAACUACUCCUGCCCCUUAUCCCUUAGCCAGCCCUCCAUCUUCAGAGACAGGAGCUGAUGUGGUGGAUUCCUCUGCUGAUGCAUCACUUAUGGGUGAAGAUGAGCAAUUCUCGGUCACUGUUUCACAGAACAUGGAAGUGUUUUCAGUCCAGCCUGUAUUAAUAAGGUCAGAAACGGAACCAUUCUCCAACCACAGGGCUUUAGAAACACCUGCAAGUGUGGACACUGUAGAAAUUGCUUUGUCAGGUCCAUAUUUGACUCCCAUCUCUACAACUCCACAACUGCAAGGAGAGCAGCGUCUUGAUGUCAGGACAGAUGAUUCAAUUGCACUUACUGAAGAACCUCUAGCCAAAAAAAUUGUGACAAACUUUCCUAAUGUUCAGAGCGGUUUAUUCACAGUGGAAAAUAUAGAUAAAACUGGAUCUUCUAUAUCUGUAGAAAAUUCUGCUUUUGCUGAGCUACCCCUUGAUGCUACUCUCCUUGCUGAGUCUCAGACUGUGGAUCUUCAUAGCACCUUGGAGGAGGGCUUGAAGUUAAAUGAAGUGCGCCCAGUUAGUGUUGACACCGUAACUUCGGCACCUUCUCAGUUUGAUGAGAUCAUCCCAACAGAUUCUGUAGGCACUACUACUGCUCCUUCAUCUGCUUUUCCAUUUGUUAGAGAAAAGAGCAAUGGUGCAAGAUACCAACGCAAAAAGAUAUCCACAAGUCAUACAAAAAUGGCAGACUUAAGUAACAGUUUUCUAGCUGUCACCCCCAUUAGGGUUCAGAGUGAAGAAGAACCUGCAACCCAGAGGAAUACAGUGACUCAAGAAAGCAUAUCCAGCAGUUAUGCUGACAAUUCUCAAACAGAGCAACAUAGAAACUUGGGUAUUCCAAAACAAAGUCCCAUAUUCAUUUUGCAUAGUGCUAACGCUCCUCAUAAAACAGCAGAGGGGUUAGAAACAGCUUCUUCCAUGAUUAGAUUGACCACUGUGGCCACCACAACAACUCCAUAUACAAAGACUAUGCCUUCACUUAUUACUCAGCAUGGUAGAAAAAGGCCUUAUGGGAGAAGGAGAAGGCCAAACAGAAUCCGACAAAGACCAAAGCCUUUGCCCCGUCUUGUUUUAACCACAGAGGCAGUGCCUGUAAUUCCAAGGACACCUGAAAUUGAAGCUGUUACCAAAACUUCUGCUGCAACUCUUAAAAGUCCCGAUCUUAAAAAGACCAAAAUACAGGCUAGGAAGGAGGAGCAUAUGGAAUCCACUGCCUCCCUAAUUCCUGAUUCAGGUGUCACAGAGAAAAUUAUAAAAAUCAGAGAUGUGGUCACAACUUUCUCUUUUGGGCCUACUGCUUCUCCACCUGGAGCCAAGCAUGUGACACACCCAACUAACCUUGAAACCUUGGAACUUCCAGUGAGUGAGCCCAUCACAGUUUUAUCAUCAUAUGCUGUACAUGAUCUGCUUCCCACGAAAGAAUCAAGUGUAUCUCUGAAACCAGAGCAAAGUGAAGUGCCAGCAUACCACUCAUUAGGCAGUGUCUCUGCAGAGAAGGACAUGAAAGCAGAUUCUAAAACUGUGGAUCAUAAGGCAGAACAAUCAAGUACCACAACUUCUCCUCCAUAUAGAAACAGCUCAAUACUAUCAACAAAACCAAAAUCUCAAGAAGAGCCUAACCUAUUUGACUUAGAAGUUGUGGUUAAUGAAACAACUGCUGGAACAUUCCAGUUGGCAUAUCCCACUAUGAGUGACUUAAGUAUUCCUGUUGGCACAGUUGAAGUUUUUAAGGACCUCUCAGUUUUAAAGGAGCCAGGGAAGCCCGCAGUAUCUGUAGAAACACCAACAAAAGUUGAGCCACCUCAGCAGUAUGAGAUAAUUACUUUAUCCUCCUCUUUCAGCACUGCAGAAACUCAGACUUUUCCAGCUAGAGAGACAAAGAAAUCUGUUACUUCCCAGGCUGGGACAGAGCCAUCUUCCUUGGACAGAAAGGAAUCUAUGUUACAUGUGUUUUAUCAUUCACAGACAACUGAAAACCCUCCUACUACAUCCACUGCUUUUAUGCCAUUUACAAAACUUGUCACUCUUCCCCCUUCCAUUUCAAGCACUUCACGUCCUUCUCUUCAUUAUACUGCCAAGGAGAGUAAUGCCUUUAAUCAAGAAAGGUUCCCAGAAGCAAAACAAGUUGGAGCAGGUGGUGACAAAAUAGUGAUGACCUCAAAACAGAAUGUUCACCCUACUCCUUCCUCUAACCAGAACAGGAUUAGCAUACAGUCCAAAGAGCAGCAAUUCAAUGAGUUGUAUAGUAACAAGUCAAACAACAGUUUACUGCUAAAUCCAAGUCUUCCCCAUCCACCUGCUGGAAUGAUACCAAGCAUAAACCAAAGACUACCCAUUGUGCCUCCAACGCACAUUCCAGUAAGAGGCACAAUGAAGCUUCCCGUAACACAGGGCCCUCUUCGCUAUUUUAUAACACAUCAGCCUCUUCACUACACAAACAAACCAGAGAUAACAGCCUAUGCAGCACAUACCAUCCAGGACAGGAAAACUUCUGCUUCCCAGAGAGAAACAACUGCCCCAACACAAGCCUCUCCAUUUUACAAAACAAAUCCAUUAACUGAAAAUAAGUUCAGUAAUCAGGGUCAGAACAGAUACAAUCUUAAUUCAAGAUUUUUUGGGAAUAACCAUGUUCCAGAUAACAGAGGCACAGCUGGGAGACUACCAGGUCAAGGGAUCCCCUAUUACCCCAGUUCCAGAAUACCAUUCCUUUUCAACAGAACAAGGAUUUUCCCUAACUUAAGUAUACAUCCUAAACCAGAUGUUCCUAGUCAACCAGUGCCAAAAGACACAAACGAGAAGAAGGUUGCUCAGGUCUUACCUACUGGGAUUACUGUGCAGAAAGCUACAGCUAUUCCAGUGCCUCCAAUGCCACAUGCCACAACGACCACAUCACCAUGGGUGGUUUUAAAGAUCACCCCUCCAGCCUUUCAGCGCACAAAACCACAAAUAAGCACUACAGUUCAUCCUUUUAAAAAUGUCCAUUAUCAUCAUCAAAAAUUUCCAUCUGUUCCUUACAUGGGAGGCAUUAAGCCACACAAUUCGACUGUAAUUCAGUCUUCCACUAAUUUUAGAGUACACGGAGAAAGACCUAAAAUUAUCCCGAAGGCAUCUCAGACCAUGUCCAUCCUUGCUGAAAUGGAUGCUUUUAUCCCUUGUGAUGCAGUUGGGGAACCCAAGCCUUUUAUUACUUGGACAAAAGUCUCUACAGGAGCUCUAAUGACAGCCAACAGCAAGCUACAAAGGUUUGAAGUCUGGAAAAAUGGUACUCUCCUUAUCCGAAAUGCUCAACUUCAGGAUCGUGGACGGUAUUUAUGCACAGCUCAGAACGUGCAUGGCGAAGAUAAAAUGAUUGUUGUGCUCACAGUUGUAGCCCACCAGCCCAAAAUUUUACUUUCCCGCUAUCGAGAUGUCACGGUCUACUUUGGAGAUACCAUAGCAAUGGAGUGUCAGGCUAGUGGGACUCCAAGCCCAUUAAUUUCAUGGAUUUUCCCCGAUAGGAAGAUUUUGCAGGCAGUCACAACCACAGAAAGCAGGAUAAUGCUUCAUGAAAAUCGAACCUUGUCUAUCAAGCAAGCAACUUUUUCAGACCGAGGAGUUUACAAAUGUGUAGCAAGCAAUGCUGCAGGAGCUGACAGCAUUGCAGUGAGGCUGCACAUUGCAGCCUUACCCCCCAUCAUCCAGCAGGAAAAGCAAGAGAACAUUUCCCUGCCCCUUGGUAGCAGUAUUAACAUCCACUGCACUGCCAAAGCAGCACCUGCUCCCAACAUCCGCUGGGUGGUCUUCGAUGGCACGCAAAUCCGACCUUCUCAGUUCGUCAAUGGGAAUUUAUUUGUUUUUCCUAAUGGGACUCUUUACAUUCGCAAUGUCUCCCCCAAGGACAGUGGGACCUAUGAGUGCAUUGCUGCUAACAUGGUGGGAGCUGCCAGGAGAGCAGUACAACUCCAUGUGAAGAAGCACGCAUCUAAUGCUAGGAUCACUGGGAGCUCUCCUCAGAGAACAGAUGUAACAUAUGGUGGCAUCCUGCAUUUGGACUGUAGUGCUUCUGGUGACCCUUGGCCUCGCAUAUUAUGGAGGUUGCCUUCCAAAAGGAUGAUUGAUUCCCUUCACAGCACUUUGGAGACUAGAAUCAAAGUAUUCAGCAAUGGGACUUUGGUUGUUCAUUCAGUUACAGACAAAGAUGCAGGAGACUACUUGUGUGUGGCCCGCAAUAAGAUAGGGGAUGACUACGUGGUUCUCAAAGUGAAUGUGAUGAUGAAACCAGCAAAAAUAGAGCAUAAGAACGAGAAUAACCACAAGGUCAAGUAUGGAGGGGACCUGAAAGUUGAUUGUGUAGCCACAGGUCUGCCAAACCCAGAGAUCUCCUGGGGUCUUCCAGAUGGCAGCAUGAUCAAUACUUUCAUGCAAUCGGAUGACAGUGGCAGCCGGACGAAGCGAUACGUGGUCUUUGAUAAUGGAACCCUGUAUUUCAAUGAUGUUGGACUGAGAGAGGAAGGGGACUACACCUGCUAUGCUGAAAACCAGAUUGGGAAGGAUGAAAUGAAAGUGCGGGUCAAAGUGGUGGCAGAGCCUGCAACCAUCAGGAACAAAACAUUCAUCACUAUUAACGUACCUUAUGGCGAUGUUGUCACAGUAGCGUGUGAAGCCAAAGGAGAACCCACUCCCAAGGUGACCUGGCUUUCCCCAACCAACAGGCCUAUUCCUGCCCUGUCUGACAAGUACCAGAUAUACAGAGAUGGCACCCUCCUCAUCCAAAAGGCCCAAAGGUCUGACAGUGGUAACUAUACUUGUGUAGCCCGGAACAGUGCUGGAGAAGAUCGGAAGAUAGUCUGGAUCCAUGUUGACGUUCAGCCUCCCAGAAUCAAUGGUCAUCUCAGUGCAAUAACAUCUGUGCGGGAGACGGCCACCAGAGACAGCCGGAAACUUAUUGACUGCAAAGCUGAGGGCAUUCCUGCUCCUCGUGUCCUGUGGGCUUUUCCAGAAGGAGUAAUCUUACCGGCUCCCUACUAUGGGAACAGGAUCACUGUGCAUCGCAAUGGAACGCUGGACAUCAGAGGAGUGAGACAGACAGACGCCGUGCAGCUUGUGUGCAUUGGACGGAAUGAAGGUGGGGAAGCGAGACUGCUUGUGCAGCUCCUCAUUACAGACCACUUGGAGAAACCCUCCUUCAGAGACCCUGUCAGUGAAAGGAUCACUGCCAUUGCUGGGCACAGCAUCAACCUGAACUGCUCAGUCCAGGGGAACCCCAAACCCAGCACAAGUUGGAUCCUUCCCAAUGGCUCUGAAGUGCUGAGUGGCAGUCGCCUGCACAGAUUUUACCAUAAGAGGGAUGGGAUCUUACACAUCAGCAGCUUAUCUGCUGGGGAUGCUGGCACCUACCGCUGUACAGCCAGAAACCCGGGAGGGUAUGUGGAACGAGUAGUCUUCCUGAAGGUGGGACUCAGGCCAGAAAUUAGCAACCAGUACAACAACCUGGUGAGCAUCAUCAAUGGAGAAACUCUGCAGCUUCACUGCAUCACCCAAGCAAACCAGCGGGCGCAAAUUUCUUGGACACUGCCCAGUGGUAUGGUUAUGGAUGCCCCCCAGGCCAUGGGUCGCUUUUCCUUGAUGGAGAAUGGCUCAUUGACAGUGCGUGAGGCUUCUGUAUUUGACAGGGGCACCUACCUGUGCAAAGUGUCAACAGAGUAUGGCACUUCUGUUAUGACUGUGCCUGUCAUUGUCAUCGCCUAUCCUCCUCGGAUCACCAGUGAGCCAGCACCUGUCAUUUAUGCCAGACCUGGAAAUUCAGUUAAACUGAACUGCAUGGCCAUUGGGAUUCCUAAAGCAGAAAUAACAUGGGAGCUUCCAGAUAAAUCACAUCUGACAACAGGAGCUCAAUCCCGUCUGUAUGGAAACAAAUUCCUCCAUCCUCAGGGGUCAUUAGUCAUCCAGCAGUCCACUCAAAGGGAUGCAGGCUUCUAUAAAUGCACUGCUAAAAAUAUACUAGGCAGUGAUUCUAAAACAACCUACAUACACAUAUUCUAACAUUAAAACUAGUGCCUUUAACUGGAUACUGGUGUUCAAGUCACUGCCAAACGAGUGCAAUGAGGAGAGUACUGCUUGCAACAAUAGCUAACAAGAGAAGAAAAAGGAAUUAAUCUGCAUCUCUUUUGUACUCAGUAUGGUAGUAAGUCUGGAACUGAGAAGACUAACAUGUUAUAAAAGGUCUUAAAAUUGUUAAGGCAGUGUAAUGUUUUUCAUGCUGUCCAAUAGCAUCUAAGACCUAAAGUACUCUGUGGUCAAUAGUCCAAAGCUAUUUCUUGUUCUAACAAGCACCUUAAAAGUACCAAAGAAGUAUUAACUGUUCAUAAGUGAGCUGCAGUGAUAGAAGUACUUUAGUAAAACAUAAUUUUCUUUAUACCCUGCAGCGCCUUUUCAUAAUCUAGGCUUAUAGAAUAUGAUUAUUAACCUUUCUGUUCAUGCUUCUAUCAGCUCUUCAAAAUCAAAGACUAAAUUAGCAAAUAAGAGUGAUCUAUUUUAAUAAAAAUACAUGCAGAGAUUAGCUACCUUAACAUAUGAACAUACAUUUGCCAGCUACUAAGGAUGCUAUGGUCAAUUAAUUCAUUAUCUAUUUUAUAUAUAUUUUUUAAUCUGACUAUGAGACUAGAAAGAGUAACAAUGAAAUUGGUCUCAUUUUAUAAAUUAUUGGUCUUUACAAGACUCUGAUACAUUACAGUGUUUUAUAAUAUUAAGGUCAAUAUACUGUACAUUUUAUAAUAAAAAAAUAAAAUAU